CGCGGUCUGUUUUUCUUUCAGUUCAAGAAACUUGUUUCCUGGUUUGCCAAUUCCUCUACAUUUCAAAUUAUUCCUUCUUCUACAAUGGAACCUUCACCAGCCAUUAAUACUUCUCUCGGCCUCAAUUUCAAUCCUCCGCCGUACACCGACGACGGAUCUCCGGCCAAUAUCUCAGUUACUCCAACCAAAGAAGAGGCUCCGGGAGUUAUUGUCGAGAAAUUAAACCGGAUUAGUUCGGAGAAUCAGAAGUUGAAUCAGAUGCUAGGCGUCGUCGUUGAGAACUACAGUGUUCUGCGAAAUCAGGUGGUCGAUUUGAUGAUUAAAUCGAGGAAGCGAAAGGCAGGGUGCGAUAAUUGCAAUUUCUUCAAUCGGAGCGGUUCUUCUGGCGCGGAUGCUCUUACUGAUCAGUAUUGCUGUUGCGGUAGCGACGAUGAUUCGUGUCAUAAAAGACCUAGAGAAAGCAGUAGGCCGAAGAUUAAGAGAGUUUUGGUUCAGACGCCGAUUUCUGAUUCAAGCCUGGCUGUGAAGGAUGGAUAUCAAUGGAGGAAAUACGGUCAAAAGGUCACUAAAGGCAAUCCGUCCCCUAGAGCUUACUAUAAAUGCUCCUUUGCCCCAAGCUGUCCGGUGAAAAAGAAGGUGCAAAGAAGUGUUCAAGACUCAUCCUAUUUAGUGGCUACCUACGAGGGAGAACACAAUCACAAGAAACCAAAUUCGGGAAUUGAGUAUCAAUUGGUUGGACCAAUUCACUUGGGUUCAAAGCUAGAUUCCUCUGUUUCAUCACCUUCAUCGUCGGUCAUGUCUCCAUCACUACCAUCUAUUACAACCUUCGAUUUAACCAAGUCUCAAUCGAUCGACACUCUGAAAUCUCCAAUUCCAGAAUUUGAAAGACCUUCAACUUCAACCCAACGAAUGGUAUGUCAACAAAUGGCUUCCCUAUUAACCCGAGACCCCAAUUUUACUAAAGCCCUUGUCACCGCCAUCACUGGAAACAUGGUCGAGAAAGAAGUCUGGCGAUGAUUGAUUUGUUCUUCUAGCUUUUCUCUUGGAGUAUAUAUUUUGUUUCAAUAAGAAUAGGUUUAUUAA